ACCGUGGUCUUCGUGCGGGUUUAGCCUCGCCCACUCCGCCGUUUACUUUUGACUUCACCGCUGGAAAGGGAACGGGAGGAUCGACUGACUGGAGGAGCGAUUCGCUCUUGAAUAUGCCGGCCAUUAUUCCGCGGUGGCAAGCACGCUUUUGAAUGCGAGUUGCUCACGAGUGUGACCUCCGAAUCGCGAUUCUGGCCUCUACCUAGGGCGGUGGGUCGAGGAGGAAUUUGGAAGCGGCAGAUGUGCAAGGAUCGAAAACUUCGCAGUGUUCGAUAAUCGAGAGCGGUGGAAACGAGGCCGAGGGGAGAUACAUAUUUCGUCUGUGUUGCUGCUCGCUCGCUCGCUUGGGACGGAGCAGUAAUCUUCGUCUUCUUUGCUGGAGAAUUGGCUAUCUUGCGGAACAAGUUUUGAAUAGAAGAAGGUGGCGUGGAGCUGCAAGUAAGCGAGCGAGCGAGAAAGAACGGACUCCUUGGUUUGGACUUGCUGUGCUCAGUUCGAGGGUCUCGGUCGUUCUUCCGUUUUAGGGCUCUUUUCUACACGCAGAAGCGCAUAUGGUGAUCGGUAGCGUGUCAGGAAUCGAGAGAGGUCAUCCCCUACUCCGGAACCAGCUCCCAGUGACGGUCAAUUUAUUCUCAUUCUGAUGAUCUCUUGAGGUUUUGCACGCGGAAGUUCUGAGCGGACCGAGAACAAUUUCGACGACCCCGCGGUGAAGUUAAAUCGAGUCAUCCUUGAGGUACCAUCGGGGUCGAAGAUGUCGGACGCAGUGGUAAAUGGUCUGGCCGGGGCUGGAGGUGGCAUCGUCGCGCAGCUCUUGACCUACCCUCUUCAGGCUGUGAACACCCGACAGCAAACGGAGAGGAAAGCCAAGAAGGGCCUGACUCGAGAUGGAGUUGUCACAGUUCCAUCGGAAGAAUCUAAGCGACAGUCUCGGGGUACUAUGAACGAGCUUUGGAAAGUGGUGAGACAAGAGGGAUGGGGAGGGCUCUACAGGGGUCUGUCGCCUUCGCUGAUCGGAACAGCUUGUUCUCAGGGUGUGUACUACUACUUUUAUCAGCUGUUUAAAAACGAGGCAGAGGCUCGGUCAAUUCGAAGAAAACAGCGUGGUGUGGGCGAUGGGUCUGUCGGCAUGUUCACCUCUUUGAUCGUUGCAGCGCUAGCAGGUUGUGUCAACGUGCUUAUGACGAAUCCAAUUUGGGUGAUAGUCACUCGAAUGCAGACUCAAAAUCAAGCCCAACAAUUCUCCAAAUUAGUGGGCAAAUCGGCAUCCACUGAUUUAUCCAAUGCAAGCCCUUCUACAGGCAGUCGGGAAGCUCCUCCCAUCCUUACUUCGAGGCCUGUCUCGCAGGGAGCCCUAGCCACGGUGCGCGAGCUUUAUGAGGAAGCGGGUGUAGUAGGAUUUUGGAAGGGUGUACUGCCCACUUUGAUUAUGGUUAGCAACCCGGCAAUCCAGUUCAUGCUGUACGAAACCUUGCUCAAAUGGCUGACCAAGAAGCGUCCCUUGAAGAAAAAUGGUUUGAAGCAUACUACGGCUACAGAAGUUUUUGCAAUUGCCUCUGUGGCAAAACUGGGUGCCACCGUGGUCACAUAUCCCCUGCUCGUGGUGAAGUCCCGUCUCCAAGCCAAACAAGAAAUUGGAGGAGACAAAGCACUGCAAUAUUCCGGAACCGCCGAUGCAAUCGUGAAAAUGGUCCGCUACGAAGGCAUUCUUGGAUUUUACAAGGGGAUGAGUACGAAAAUUGUUCAGAGUGUCGUAGCUGCCGCGGUUCUCUUCAUGAUCAAAGAGGAGCUGGUGAAGGGAGCUCGAGCUCUGGUCACCAAACGGGACGAUCUGGCCAAGGCUGUCCGAAUUGUUGACAUGAAGAAGAAGUAAGGCCUAACCGCGAACCGCAUAUGCUCAUCGUGUGGAGGAAUUGACGGUUGGAAACCAAGUCGAGAACUUGUGGAUGUUCCGAUAAGCCUUGUCUAAGUGUGGAUCGAACUCGAACCACACUUGCAUCCGAUCCAUUGUCCCCUGCCUCUCGAAAGUAUUGUGAGCAUCCUGUAAAGGAAGAUCGCCGAAGUUGGUCAUGCGAGGAGCAGGUUUCAUUUGUACAGGCGUGUGCAGCCCCCUUAUUUCACUUGCAAAUUCGAGAUGACUCUAGCAUCUCCAAUUAAUGUAUCGACGACUACCUGCAGCCAACCAUUCUUGCAAUUAGGAAUCUCACCUGUCAUAGCAACUUCAUAUUAUUUAUCAUUAUUUGCGACCCUUCGUGGGUGUGCAAGGGCCAGAGAUUAAUGUGGCUUUCCUGCGGAACUCUGCUUGUAAAUAAAUUGUUAAGUACAGUAGAGUGCCGUAGUUGGCUAUUGGAUGUGUUAGAAAAUCCCGUUCGAUAUUAUCGUGAACUACAUGUAUGUCGGGGACAAACCGGAGCCAAUUGGGAACGAGAAAAGUAUUUGAACGUCGUAGUACCU